AAGCCGUCGCCGGUGGCAGACUGUCUGCUGAUGCUGGCCUACAAGGACAAGUCAGAGCGCGCCAAGGGACUCCGGGAACGCAGCAGCCUGACCCUGGAGGACAUCUGCGGCCUGGAGCCUGGCCUGCCCUACGAGGGCCUGGCCCACACGCUGGCCAUCAUCUGCCUGUCCCAGGCUGUCAUGCUGGGCUUCGAUAGCCGCGAGGCCAUGUGCGCCUGGGACGCCCGGAUCCGCUACGCGCUGGGCGAGGUGCACAGGUUCCACGUGACGGUGGCACCGGGCACCAAGCUGGAGAGCGGCCCGGCCACCCUCCACCUCUGCAAUGACAUCCUCGUCUUGGCCAGGGACGUCCCUCCAGCCGUCACGGGGCAGUGGAAGCUGUCUGACCUCCGGCGCUACGGGGCUGUGCCCAACGGAUUCAUCUUUGAAGGCGGGACCAGGUGUGGGUACUGGGCUGGAGUCUUCUUCCUGUCCUCGGCUGAGGGGGAGCAGAUCAGCUUCUUGUUUGACUGCAUCGUGAGGGGCGUCUCCCCGACCAAGGGCCCCUUUGGGCUGAGGCCGGUUCUCCCAGACCCGAGCCCUGGGGGGCCCUCGACUUUGGAGGAGCGAGUGGCCCAGGAGGCCCUGGAAGCCCUGCAGCUGGAGAAGCGGCUCAGCCUCCUCUCACACUCGGGCCGGCCGGGCAGCGGAGGGGAUGACCGCAGCCUGUCCAGCUCGUCCUCAGAAGCCAGCCACUCGGACAUCAGCGCCGGCAGCCGGCUCACCGCGUGGCCAGAGCAGUCCUCGUCCUCGGCCAGCACGUCCCAGGAGGGGCCGGGCCUGGCGGCUGCCCAGGCCCCCAAGGAUGCCACUCUGGGCGCCUCCAGGUUGCCCCCCACGUCGCUGCGGCCACGGCAGCUGCGGGAGGUCGGCCGCCAGAGCUCCUCCGACAGCGGCAUCGCCACGGGCAGCCGCUCCUCCUGCUCGGGCAGCCUAUCAUCCUACGCGGGCAGCAGCCUGGACGUGUGGCGGGCCGGCGAUGACUUCGGCUCGCUGCAGAGCCUGCCGCCACCAGCUGGGGCGCCCGAGCCCAGCCUGUGCGCCUGCCCGCCCGGCGCAGCGGAGUACCAGGUGCCCACCUCUCUGCGGCACCACUAUGACACGCCCCGCAGCCUGCGCUCGGCCCCCCAGGGCAGUCCUGACGACGGUGCUGCUGGGGACCUGGGCGGCCAGACGUCCGCCGGGUGUCCCUCUGGCUGGCUGGGCGCAAGACGGCGGGGACAGGCGACAGAGGCCUCAGGCAGCGAGGCAGCGCUGCCCAGCCCAGCCCCCGGCGAGCCCUGGGAGGCUGGCAGCCCCCACGCCGGGCCACCUCCGGCUUUCUUUUCAACAUGUCCAGUCUGUGGAGGACUCAAGGUAAACCCUGCUCCCUGAGAGCCUCAGCCCAGGCCCCUCUG